CUCGUAUCUGCGCUUGAGCCCCUUGGCGCGUUCCGCGCGCCAGCGGGAGGGGUUCAGCGCAGAUCCAAGAAAUCUUCGCGGAGCUUCACAAGUCUAUGUAUAUGCAGUUGCUUGUUUUUCUAUUCAGGAGUGAAAGGCUCUUUCACACUAUGGGAGACCCCACCACAGGGGUCCGGGGAACCUGGUUUACACUGGCAAGAUGAUGAACGCAGACUCAGUGGAGGGGUUUCGCGAGGCAUUCAAGCGCACGCGUUUCACUUGUGAGGGGGACGAGACCUUGGUCCUCAGGCUGUUCGAGCGUACCCUGAAGCACAAGAAGACGAUGAUGUCGGCGGCGGCCCUGUCAGAGUGGGUACUGUCUGUGCGGUUGGCAACGACUGGGCUGUGGCACAGGACGCUUUGAUGAUUGGCGAUCCUGACUACUGUGCCUGCCUGUGCAUGCUGUUACGCUUGGUGAGCCUCGCAGAGGAUUUCUGGGCCGCCUCCGCUCCAGAAUGGGCUCGCUCACGCAGCACGUCUCAAACACAACGCUCUUGUAUACGAAGACGCCUAAGGCGAAUCACCGCCGCCCCGUGCCUGUUGGAAUCGGCCAUGUGGGCGAUUGGAUUCUGUCGUCACGAGCCGAUAUGAGCGACAUGGAUGUAGACAUGGUUGUUGCAGCCGUGCGGAAUCGUCAGUGUCUGCAGGUCCACUGCGACGGAGGAUAUGUUGGAACAGUCGGCUCUGCAGCUUUCGUGGUCCAUGCGGUGGAGCCGCGCACCGGAAAUAUUACCAGGGCUGGAUACAGAGGUCGUUUCAUGUUGUUUGCUGAGAGUUCUUUCCACGCUGAGUUGACCGCGAUUGACACUGCGAGUUAUUCAAUUUGUAUUAGAGUUGACCUUUGAAACGUUAAGUUAUCUUUCAGAGUAUUUUAUUGUUUCACCAUUGCCCUUGUGCAUCGCGACUUGAUCAGGGCCGCCAGAGCGGAAC